AUGUCCAAUCGAUUAGAGUCGUUAAAUUCGAAAAAGCCUUCAAGCUCUCCAGUACCAAAGCCUGGCCUCAAAUUCAAGCCCAAGGUGGUGCAAAGAAAAUCAAAGGAGGAAAGAGCCAAGGUUGCACCACAAGUCAAACAGGAACCUCAACGAAAUGCAUCCACUAGAGGGCGAGGAGGAAGCGCUAGAGGUCGGGGUCGAGGAGGUCGUAACAACUACGCAGGUACCCACAUAGUUACCUCAGGUCCGUUGUCUGCCGGAUCCGUGUCCAUUGGUAACCUGAGCGGAACUAAACUCGGGUUAACAGCUGAUUUGAUCUACAAUAGCAAUGGCGAGGGUCUGUCAACUCCCGAUUUCAUCAAUAAUUUGAAAAUGAAGGGGAGUAGAUCAGCAACUCCUGGUGGUGACUCUGAUAGUGAAGAUGACCCUACAAAGAUAAACAUGACGGAGGAGUAUAGAUUUGAAGACGAUGCAACGGAAUUGUUUCCCUUUAGACCAUUUAGGGAUGAUGGUAUCAAACGAGAAGAUAUUGUCAAGGAGGAACCUUUAUAUCCUGUCAAAUCUGAGCUCAUAGACUCGUUAGAGAGUACACCAGCGGUGAUAUCGCUCACGGACAGUCGAGAAGCGACAGUCAAGAGUGAAGCCAUUGAAGAUAAAAUUGAACUGAUUAAGGAGAACAAAGCCAAACUUGAAAGCAAGAUUACCCAAAGCGAUCUGAUAGCGACAGACGAAGCUAGUAAGUUAAUCGCCGAUCAUGAACAAGUUUUGGAUAUCCUAGCAGGCAGCUUCAAGAAUUUGUCCGCCCGUGAAAAGGAUGACGAUCAAUACGUUCUUUUCCAGCUACCACAACACCUACCAACAUACACGCGUGAAAAGAGCAUGGUGAAGCCGGAACCUGGUACUAGCGAACAAAAUCAAGAGACUGUUGCCAGGUCUCUGCUUGGUACCAGCAUUUCUACAUUGCGAGGGGAGAUCGGUAAGAUCAACAUUCAUCAAUCGGGAAAAAUAACUAUAGAUCUUGGGAAGGGUGUCAAGUUGAAUGUGACUAAAGGAGCACCUACCGAUUUUUUACAGGAAUUGAGUGUGUUGGAUGUCAGUAAAGGUCAACCAGGGGACGAGGAUGUUGAAAUGGUGGAUAAUGAAGGUAGAGAUAUCUUUGGAAAGCUUAUACGAUUGGGAGCUGUGACAGAAAAGGUCAUAGCAACACCAUGUAUUGAAUAA